UGCAGUCAUCACACAUAUUCAAUACUCGUAAAAAUAGUUCAAUAAUCCAGACCAUGAUACAAAUUAUGCCCCAGCUUAUAAAUGUUCUCAACCAUAAUGUUUCCUCCACAUGGCACGGCGGCCCUAAAUUGCAUUUUGAGACAAAACAUUCUGGGCAUGUCAAGCAGAUAUUGCACAUAUAAGAUUUGGUCAAGCCCAUUUAUUAAUCACUAUGCCUGCAAAAUAUACCAUUUUCGUAACUUCCCUGCUGUUGGUGCUAGUGUUCUCAAAAACCAGUAUAACACUAUAAACCAAAACAUCUCCAUUGACUGGGCUUCUCAGAACGAAUUAUAUCAAAGAUACCCUCGUCUGCAUGCCCUUGAAGAGCAAUGCAAGUCUGUGAGCCAAUUGAAACAGUUCCUGUCCUACAUCUUUGUUUCUGGUCUCCACCGAAACUCAUUUGUGAGGAGCCGUGUUCUUUAUUUCUGUGUUUGCACUUCAGAAGAUGAGGAGGCUGACCUAAAAAGAAGUCAUGGAACUAUUAUUUUCAACCAAAUUGAGAGACCCAGUAUCUUCUCUUGGAAUACCAUGAUCAGGGCCUUUGCGUUCUCUAAGCAUUCGUUUGACAAUAAACUUGCUUUUCAUUAUUACGUUGAAAUGCUUCGCCUAGGAACUUUGCCUGAUAGAUACACCUUUCCUUUCUUGCUCGAGGCAUGUAAGUCUUCUUGUGAAUUGGGUUUGGUGAAACAAGUCCAUUGUCAUGUUUUAGCAUUUGGGUAUGCUACUUCUUUGUUUGCACAGAAUGCACUUCUCAACCUGUAUUUGGUCUGUGAGUCCCCAGGGGAUGCAUGGCAAUUGUUUGAUGAAAUGAUUGAAAGAGAUGUUGUGUCUUGGACAACCAUGAUUUCAGGUCUUGCCUCCCAAGGUUUUUAUACUGAGGCCUUCUUCAUCUUUACUGAAAUGAUUGGUGAUGAGUCAUAUAUACAGCCCAAUGUUGCUACUAUAAUCUCUGUAAUAUCAGCUUGCGUGAAUUUAGGUUCUUUGGAUCACACACAGUGUUUACAUGCUUAUACGGAGAAGAUUGGAUGGACUGCAUAUAUUUCUGUAAGGAAUUCGCUUAUAGAUGCUUAUGGUAAGUGUGGGAAUAUUAAUUGUGCCUACCAAGUUUUCCAUGAAAUACAAGGUCUUCAUAGGGAUGUGUAUUCUUGGACUGCAUUAAUUGCAGGCUUAGCCAUGCAUGGCCAUGGCAGGGAUGCAAUUUCUUUGUUCCGGCAAAUGAAGGGGACUGGAGUUCUUCCAGAUGCCAUUACAUUCAUUGCUGUUCUGUCUGCUUGUGCGCAUGCAGGGCUAGUAGAUGAAGGGAUGCUGAUUUUUGAGUCCAUGGAAGCUGAAUUUGGCAUUGUACCCCAGCUCCAGCAUUAUGGAUGUAUGGUGGACCUCUUUAGUAGAGCUGGGCUUCUUGAGCAUGCCUAUGGUUUUGUUGAAAAGCUGCCAAUGGAUCCCAAUUUGGAAAUUCUUGGAUCUUUGCUUAGUGCUUGUAGAGUCCACAACAACAUGGUGUUGGGUGAAAAUGUUCUGAAGAAGAUUGAAUCAUUAUGUCAAUAUAAAGGUGGAGCUUGUGUGCUUUUAUCAAAUUUGUAUGCAGAGAAGAACCAAUGGUGUGAAGCUGUGCAUGUUCGGGAGGAGAUGAGAGGAGAACAGAGGAAGGAAAAGCCUCCUGGACGUAGUUGGAUCCAAGUAAAAGGUGCAGUCCAUGAAUUUGUAGUUGGAGAUAAAUCACAUCCUCAAGCUAUGGAGUUGUAUAUGGCUCUUGAUGGACUGGGGAAGUUGUUAUUUUUGUAGGAACAGAAGGGAGAUUAAGGUGUCCACACUGUGGUCCACAAUGCUAUGUAACUCAUGAACUUCCCUCCCAAGAUUAAGAUUGGUUUCAUUAAUUAUCUAAUUUAAUUUUUUUCCAAGCUGUUGGGAUUGUAAUUUGAGGCACCAAAGAAUUUCAACCCAAGUCUUAAUGGAGGUAGUUAUCUCCUGUUGAGUUCUUUUGGGAAGGUGAGAGAUUGAAUUUGAACUCAAAGUUUGACUCAAGGCUUCAGACAUGCUUGUUACUUUACAAAAUUGAGGUUUUCUCUGCACGAAGGAAUCCCUUGACUGCAUGCUAAAGAAAAGCUUUACAACAAAUGCCCAAAAGUUGCCCUUAAGAAGGUGCAUAUAUGAUUAUGGUUGUUAAUCAAAAUUUGAUGCUUCUUAUUCAGAUUUUCAGAUUAGAGGUGUCUAAUUAAUUGAACUAUAUGAAGAUAGAACGGAUCAUUCUUAUUUGGAUCAAAAUGGUGUUUUUUUUUUUUUUUUCUUUUCUGGAGGAGGCUUUGGAGGCAAGUGAGCUGGUCAAUAAGUUAGCAGUUAGGCAGUAAGGAUGGGUUGUGAAGCCUUGAUUAUGCAAAUUUGGAUGCUCCUAAUGGGUUUUGCAGAAGGGGCCAUUGCUUGGUGUAAUGAUAAAAUAUCAGGCUGAAAUAUGCGAAAACACUGGUUCAAGUCUGAGAGCAGCCACUUUGUGCUAAAGAAAAAGGUCAAGGUUAGGUCCAUAUCCUGUCUACUCCUCCCAAAACUCCAUACAGCUGGAACCAAGAUUGGGCUUCAUGCAUUCUUAUGAAAAAUGUGUAGAAGUGACACAUUCAUCUUUGCCACAUGGUGCAGAGUUGUCAAAUAGCAGAAGCCUUUGGGUCAUCUUUUUUUGUCUUGGUUUACUUUUAUUGCAUUCAAGUCUCAGACUAUAAAGACCUUGCCAGUUAAUCAAAGCAGUUUUUAAUUUGAAAUUAAAAAUAUGUAUUGUCCUGAAUUUGGUCAUCGAGUUAUGUGUUUAAUGACAUCUUUUUGGAGCAGAGAAGGGAUCAUUAAAAAAAUCACUAAUGGAGCAAAUAGAAGGGAUUGCAGGCAUCAAAACCUUGACAAUGUUAUUGUGGCCUAGGGGAAAGAACUCUGACAAAUGUACCCUGAUAUAGUGAUA